AUGAUUUAUACCGUGAAAUAUGAAAGCUCAGAUGGUGAAACGUGCGUCAAAGAUGGUUACGUUAUUGAUGCAUAUCCUACCUUAACAGUAUUUGAUCUAUUAAAUAUAAAUCCAUGUCAAAAAGACCCUUGCUCCCUCUUUACAUAUUCAUUCAUCCUGUCAUUGCUUACUCAACUGGGAAAUGAUAUUAUAAUAUAUUAUGUUAGAACUCAAGAAAUGAAUUCGACACAAGUGUUUCCCAUUACAAAUUCGACACAGUCUGAGUGGUCGUCAUCAGAUUUACAAUUGAAUGAGGUCGUAUGCUAUUUAAAUGCUAUAUCUAUAAGUCUUAUAAUGUGA